UAUUUAUUGCUGCUCGUGAUGGUAUUUUUUAUAGUUACGGUCACGCUAAUAUUAUUGUUAUUGUCGAGAAAAUAAAUAAAAAUAUACAAAAACGGCAAUGGGAGGACCGGAAUUACCCACAGAUCCUGGCCAGGAGAUGUUUCCAACCCCGGCGAUUGACCAUCCUCAAAUUGGCAUGCAGAGCGAUGACGAAAAUGACGACUCGGACGCAUACGAUGGCUACCAACCAUUGGCCAUGGAUGAGGGUAACGAUGGAGCAGACAUCGCGGUAGCCUCUGGGGAACCGGAGGCGGCAUCAGCUACAGAUAACGACGAAGAUAUCGACCUGAUGACGGCCCCAGUCACUCACGGCGAUCCCAACAUGCCACCAAUAGAGUCCGCGGAUGUGGAAAUCGAGCGGCAAGUGUGGAAUGAGCCCAGGCCCAGGGAACUGCAAAUGGAGCUAGAUAAGACACGAACAGAACAGAUCCUCAAGGCCAUGUCCACCAUUACCUUGCCAAACAUCACGAUUCCGGAUUGGGCCAAGGGCGUUCCCGAGGAGCGAUGGAAAGGGGAGCUGUUGGAUCGAAUUAACAACCGGCAACAUCCAUCGAGGGAUUCCUCAUCGGCGGACAAGCCCCAGCAUUCCAAAUCUCAUAUAGAUUAGUGUAUAUAAUUUUAUUAUAUUAGUCAGAAGUUUAUAAUAAAUUAAAUUAAAAGAUUAAACGAUUUGUCAUCUGUAAUCAAUUACA